CGCCGGUUCUGCUUGGGGAAGGGCCCCGGACUCGUGGCACUGCAGCGCGGCGGUUCCCUGGGUUUUCAGAACAACCGUUUCCACGCUUACCGCAAGUACAUCAGCUCCUGGAAACGGUCCCAGGGCUGGGAGAUGCAGAUGGCUGGAAGUGCUCUGGUGAGGAUCGAACAUUUGGUGAAGACUUUGCCCUUGCAAAGGGGAAGCGAAGCUGUGGAAGCCUGCCUGAAGACGAACUGCUCAGCCUCGCUCUUCAAACGUGGGUGCCGGUACCUGGCGGUGCAGCUGUCCCCGGCCAUCCCCGUGUUCGCAGCGGUUCUCUUCCUGUUCGCCAUGGCCACGCUCCUGCGGACGAGCUUCAGCGACCCCGGAGUGAUCCCGAGAGCCCUGCCUGAUGAGGCAGCCUUCAUCGAGAUGGAGAUCGAGGCCACCAACGGGACCGUGCCACAGGGUCAGCGCCCGCCCCCGCGGAUUAAAAACUUCCAGAUCAACAACCAGAUAGUGAAGCUGAAGUAUUGCUACACGUGUAAGAUCUUCCGUCCACCCCGUGCCUCUCACUGCAGCAUCUGCGACAACUGUGUGGAGCGCUUCGACCAUCACUGUCCCUGGGUGGGCAACUGCGUGGGGAAGAGGAACUACCGCUACUUCUACCUCUUCAUCCUCUCGCUCUCACUCCUCACCAUCUACAUCUUCACCUUCAACAUCGUCUACGUAGCACUGAAAUCUCUGAAGAUUGGGUUUCUGAACACGUUGAAGGAAACCCCAGGGACAUAUCCUUCCAUGGUGCAGAGGGGCUGGCUUCUCCAAAGCUACGGGUUGGACUGGAGUUGUGGUGCCGAGGCUUCU